AUGGAUAUUGUCUUUCAUCCUGGUGUCAACGGGUCCGAUCCCUGGGUCGACUUUUACCCAUAUACUCCUUCUGCGACAGCCGGAUAUGCAUUCAUGGGGAUUUUCGGAGUGUCUACAGUUGUUCAAAUCAUCCUGAUGUUUCCAUUUCGUGCUGCAUACUUCAUUCCUCUUAUCAUAGGUGGCAUAUGUGAAACAUUCGGCUACUACGGCAGAGCCUGGUCUCAUCAAUCCCGUACAGAAAUCAGUUCAUGGGCUUUACAAGAAAUGCUUAUCCUCUGCGCUCCACCCCUCAUCUCAGCAACUGUAUACAUGGUUCUCGGUCGGAUCAUCCGCUCCUUCGAUGCAGAGCAUCUCUCCAGCAUGCGAACCAAGCGACUGACAGUCAUCUUCGUUCUGAACGAUAUCCUAUGCUUCUUUACCCAGCUCGGCGGUGCAGGAGUCCAGGUCACCGGAGAUACCAACAUAAUGAAUAUCGGCAAGAAGGUUGUGUUGGCGGGUCUUAUAUUCUCACUGAUCAUCUUCGCGCUGUUUGUUUUUAUCGCGACCAAGUUUCAUCGUCAAGCACUGAAAACUCCACCCCCUCUUCUGCUUCUAUACCCUAAUUUGAAAUGGACGCAGUAUAUGUGGGCUCUAUAUGUUGCUUGUUUUGCUAUCAUGAUUCGAAAUUUGGUUCGCACGAUUCAGUUUGGAGCGAGUCGAACUGCGGCUGUGAAUACUAGUGAGGCUUAUAUCUAUGUUUUUGAUGCGUUCAUGAUGUUCUUUUCUAUGCUUGUCUUGAUAGUUUAUCAUCCUGGUCGACUUAUUAAGAAAGCACGUCGUUUGGCGAAGGCUGGUACUUCGAAUAGGGAUUCAACUGUUGAGACAGGGUCUGGACAUGUACUUUUAACGGAAUAUGAGCCGAGACAGAAAUGA